AGUGAGUCACAUUUAGUGUGUGCAGCCAAACAUGAUGGCAGACUGCCACAGAUCACUUCUGAGGAAAGAGGAGGCGUUCAGCUUCCUCAUAGUUUCACACCUGCAUGAAGCAGCCUCACCCUGACAGCUUCAAAUCACUGUGUCAGCUGAUCACUUCCUGUCCUGUGAUUGGCUGGGCUUCAGGCCUUCUCUCAGUCAAACUGGAAACAGGGAUUGAGACAGUGUGAGGGUUUGUGGAGUGCCACAGUGCUGUAAUGAAUACUGUAGUGGAAGAAGUUCUUUCACACUCUUCAUCCUGGAGCUGCUUUAUGUCCAUGAUCUGCAUGGAAACACAUCUAUGGAGAGGAAAUCCAGCUGCUGAGGGUCACAUCUGCAUCAUUGUAGCUACAGUGGAUGUUUCAGUGUCAGGACUGAAGGCGGAGCUUUGUGCGUGUCAGGGUGAGGCCGCAGCAGCCGCCUCCAACCGGAGCGCUCGGGCGUGAAACUAGGAGGAAAGCCGACGUCCUCCUCUUUCCUCAGAAGUGAUCUGUGGCCGGCCGGACUUCAUUCCACAGAUGUGCUUUAACAAAGUGUGAAGCUGAACUCUGAGCUGUGACAGUGUGAGCAGUGUGAGAGUGUCAGUAGAUGAUCAGCAGAGGAAAGUGAGAGCUGCUGUGAGCUGAUGUCCUGAAGGGCUUUUAAAGAGUCUCUGAGUUUGACAGGAACAUGAAGAUGUUUGUGGUGUUUGUGAUCCUCCUGCACGUUUCCCAGCAUGCCUCAGCUGUGGAGUCGUAUGAGGGGGAGUCAUUCGUCCUGCCCUGUCAGUUUCCCACUUUUAGAUUUCGAGACCCCUCAGUGUUGUGGAGUCGCUCCGACCUCAGUCCUCCAACCGUCCACCAGCGUCAGCGUCAAGGAGACGAACUGAAAGAUCAAAACCAGCGUUACAGCGGCCGAACAUCCAUGAAGACUGACGCUCUGGAUACUGGAGACCUCAGCCUGAACCUGACCAACCUCCAACUGUCUGACAGCGCCACCUACACCUGCUCCAUCAGAGACUUUGGAGAUGAACUGAGUCGGAGUGAUGUACAGCUGCAGGUCAAAGAACGGUUUCCAUCCUGGGCCAAAGCUCUCCUGGUUCUCCUGGUUCUUCUUGUGGUUUCUGGGGGUCUUUUAUUUCAUUUCCGGCACUAUUUCAUGUCAGUCCCCUGGGUGGGGGUGGAUUCAGGGGUGGAGUCUGUCCAGCUGAUCUGCAAAACCACAGUUUGUCUGCCUAAAGAUGCUAAAGUGGAGUGGAAGGACAAAAACAACAGGAAGGUCCACGUGUAUGAGAACGGCUCUGACCAGCCUGAAAAACAACAUGAGGAUUACAGAGACCGAACGACCAUGAAGAGGAAGGUCCUGGAACCUGGAGACCUCAGUCUGACCCUGAAACACCCCACAGAUGGAGACAACUCCACCUACACCUGCACCGUCUACAGCAGGGAGGGAAACACCCUGAUGGAGAAACAAGUGGAGCUGAAAGUCAGAGUUUAGGAGCAGCUGCAAAGCCCUGAUCUCCUCUGUGUUUGAACCUGAUCUGGAGACAGUGAGAACCAAUAACUGAGGGCAAAAUAAGGACACUGAAACUAAAAGCAUCUACAGGGACGACUUUAUGUUAAAAACACCAAACCAUGAAGCACUGGUGCAGCUGACUCACACAGACUCUCCUCCACACUGUCCUCAGUUAUAAAGUGCUUUACAAACCCAAACAUUAUGACUAA